UCGAAACCCCCAGUUCUGCUAGUUCGGAUAGGUAAAAGUUGUGUGCUAACCUUAUCAAUUGUUUGUUUGGCCAGCUGGCUCGUCUCAUUUAAAAGUACACUACAGAAGUUGUAUUUUCAUACGCUAACUUAGUCAUCAUUGCGUCCCUGGAGUAUUUCCAUGUGCGUCGCUUUAGUUUCGUAUGAGUUUUAUCAUAGAACUAUAAUAUAAAACGCAAGCUGCAAAAUAACCUCUCAUGCACGCACUGCGAUUUAUUUUUAGACUUUUGUAGAGUACAAGGCAAAUCGCUUCACGCUGAAUGUUCGCGGUGUGAACAAAACACGUGCUUGAUUGAAUACCCGUGUUUUUGGACACGUGAUCUCAUGUAAUAAAGAGAAACGCGCCAGGAAAUGGAGUCAGGAUCUCUGGUCUUCGUAAACCCUGACACCGAACUGGCAUUGGAGUUGAGUGAGCAAGUGUUCCUGGACGAUGACGACUACGCGAGCCGGGCACCGGCCUCGCCCACCACCGUACCCAAUGUGAGGCCGUAUCGGCCACCGUCCACAGGUUCAAAUAUUUUGAAAUCGCCCCGCGCUCGUCGCGUCCGAACCACGUCGAUGUCACAGUCCAACAAGCGUACGACCGCCGAGAGCAUCCUGCACGCGGACCGGCGCACCAUCUACACAGCCGGCAGACCGCCUUGGUAUAACUGCACGGGUGGCCAGGAAGUGGAGCCGUUCCUGAUUGGUAUAUGCGGGGGGAGCGCAUCCGGCAAGACCACGGUCGCCACGAAAAUCAUAGAGUCUCUCAACAUACCAUGGGUCACUAUUGUCAGCAUGGACUCCUUCUACAAGGUAUUGAACGAGAAGCAGCACCAGGCGGCUACCCGCAACGAGUACAACUUCGACCACCCGGACGCGUUCGACAUGGAGCUGCUCAUCACGGUACUGCAGCGGCUCAAAGAGGGCAAGAAGGUCGAGGUACCCAUAUACAACUACGUCACGCACUCCAGGGAGAACCGCACUAAAACAAUGUACGGCGCGAACGUGAUAAUAUUCGAGGGCAUCCUGGCCUUCUACAACCUGGAGGUAGUCAAGUUGCUGGAUAUGAAAGUGUUCGUCGAUACUGACGCGGACAUACGGCUCGGCAGGCGGCUGAGGAGGGACAUAGUGCAACGCGGACGCGACCUGGAAGGUGUACUGAAGCAGUACAUGACCCACGUGAAGCCGGCCUACCAGAGCUAUAUAGCGCCGUGCAUGGCCCACGCAGACAUCAUAGUGCCCCGCGGCGGCGACAACAAGGUCGCCAUACACCUCAUUGUGCAGCACGUGCAUAAACAACUGCAGUUGCGCGGGUUCAAAGUGCGCGAGAAGUUGGCUAUGGCGCACGUGGGGCAGCCCGUGCCCGACUCGCUGUACGUGCUGGAAGACACUCCACAGGUGCAGGGUCUGCACACGUUCAUCAGGAACAAGGACACGCCGCGGGACGAGUUCAUCUUCUACUCGAAGCGCCUGAUGCGGCUCGUGAUCGAGUUCGCGCUGUCUCUGCUGCCGUACUCGCCGCACACCGUCGACACGCCGCAGGGCUUCUCGUACACGGGUCGCAAGUGCGACGUGGAGAAGAUCUGCGGCGUGUCGAUCCUGCGAGCCGGCGAGACGAUGGAGCAGGCAAUUUGCGACGUCUGCAAGGACAUCCGCAUCGGCAAAAUACUCAUACAGACCAACCAGCAGACCGACGAGCCUGAGCUGUACUACCUGCGGCUGCCGAAGGACAUCAAGGACUACCGCGUGGUGCUGCUGGACGCGACGGUGGCUACGGGCGCGGCGGCGCUGAUGGCCGUGCGCGUGCUGCUCGACCACGACGUGCCCGAGCACCACAUCUCGCUCGUGUCGCUGCUCAUGGCCGAGAUCGGCGUCCACUCCAUCGCCUACGCCUUCCCCAAGGUCAAAAUCAUAACGUCAGCACUAGAUCCGGAGAUCAACGAGAAAUUCUACGUACUACCCGGCAUCGGCAACUUUGGCGACCGGUACUUCGGCACGGAGCCCUCCGAAGACGAGUGAGCGAGACCGACGCGGCGAGAGCGGUACGUGCGACAGAGAUAGAUGUAUUCGUGUCCCACUAGUCUGUCGGUAUAGGACGAAGGACAGAAUGUAACAAAAUAACUACACACAACGAUCUCGUAAUGCAGCGCUGGGCAUGUUGCUUUGUAUUUGUAAGUAAGUUAGGUCCGAGGUUCGAUUCUAAAUCGGGAAUUUUCGAAAUUGACCCAGGUGUACGUGUUCUGAGCUGUGCUCUCAGAUCUGUUGCCUUGUUCCUCAUAAUACAACUUGAGGAUAAACCGUUUGUUGCAACUAUGUGGCAGGAACUACGUUUAAAAUCGUAUUUAAAGUAUUAGGACAUCGUCUAUUGGAUUUGGUAUAUAUUUCAUAGUAUAUACCAAGGAUAAGUUAGGGAAAGAAAAAAAAAGGUUAUUUUUGUUAUAUUUUGUCACAAAAUAUACAUAUACAUGGCUUUAUAUGUACAUAAUUGUUAGUGCACGGUCUAAUUCACAUCUGAUGAACUGCAUUGUGGCGCAUAUAUAUAUAUAUAUA